AUGAGAUUAUUUUUUUUUUUUUUUAGUAGUAGUUUUUUUUCAGAUCCUGCCAUAAUGACAGAGAUUCAAAGCCGGGUAGACGACGAGAACUACAACCUUUUACCGCAGGAUUCUAGGGACAUGCUGUUGGAGUCUCUGAUCAAUUCUUCCUUUGCAAGACAACAGGAUAACAGCAACGGCAACAUUGAUGACCUGAUCUCAAAAACUCUUCAAGAACUGGGAUCCCAAAUGCCCUUGCACCAGCAUGACGAUGUAGGGUGCCAAUUAGUACCAACUCCGGACUCUCUAUCCCCUGAGCUGUCUCCGUUCUAUUUGGAGAAAGAUAAGAUCAGUGACAACAAGUUUCUCAAGAGUUUUGACUUCCUAAAGACCAACUAUCUGAACUUAUGUGAAACAUUUAAUCGAUUGCUUACAAAGCUCAAUCUCACAACCAUGGAAAACCAAGAAAUCCAUGAGGAGAACAUGGAGCUUAAGAGAUUGUUGGAAGCCUCUUUAGCGGACAACCACAGACUUAGACAACAACUGAAUAAACUCGGCAACUACAAACAGCCUCUGGGCACCGGCAUUGUCAUUCCCGUCAGGAAGAGACAGAAAACAGCAUGA